AGCCGCUUUAACUCCGCCUACAGUGCCGCUUCCCCAUGAGCUUCACUUUACUGCCUGCACACUCACAGCGGUUUCAUUAACUUACAGAGUCUGGAUGGCACAUUUGAACUCAACCUGAAACCACAGACUUGACGUUAAAAAGCCAUUGUGAAGCCUGGACAGCGGAGUCAUCGGCGGUGGGAUGAGAAACAAAAGCGAAUGUCUCUGGUGUCAUAAUGUCACGGUGAUUUUACGUUUUUACAUCGCUACGUUUAUAUUCGGACUGUAGCCUAAGCAUCAAAGCUUCCAAAUGGCGCAAAGCGGCGGCGAGAAACAAGGCAAACUCGACUUCGACGAAAGUCGGAUUGACUCCGGAAUCGACUCGUACAAAUCGAUUUCCAGAGAACAGGACGCGAACUCGGACAGAUCUCAGGAAAAGGAAAAAGCCUGCGUUACAGACGAGCGACUGGACUCUGCUUACGUCUCAUCAUCGCUAACAGUGGACAGUUUGGGGGAUUUUAUCGAGCAAUGCAGCAUUUCUGAAUGUGAAAGCGCGACGGACUGUGAAUACACCGAAGAGGAAGUGAAUUUCCUAACCACUGUUACAGAGGAUGGAGACACGAUUCUCCAUCUGGCCAUAAUCCACGAAGAGGAAUGCUUUGCACGUCAGUUGAUAGACCUGUUUUCUCCAGAGCUGAUGGAUAUACAGAACAACUUAUAUCAGACGCCGUUGCAUCUGGCCACGUAUCUGAACCUGCCCUCUGUAGUGAAGGGUCUUGUAGAAAAGAGGGUCUCACUGGAGCUCCAGGACCAGGAGGGAAACACCCCUCUCCAUGUGGCGUGUGAGCAGGGAUUCUGGGAUUGUGCCAAUGAGAUGAUCCACAACGCCUCGCCCAGCAAACUCGCCUACGUGCUGGAAGCACAGAACUGGAGAGGGCUCAUGUGUCUCCAUGUGGCAACGCUGCACAAGCAUCAUCGUCUAAUGCGGCUGCUGAUGAAGAACGGGGUGGAUCUGAACCUCCAGGAGGGGACGAGCGGGAAGACGGCGUUACACAUGGCAGUGGAGCUGCACGACACGACGGCGGUGAACAUGCUGCUCAAUAAAGGGGCCAAUGUAGACACGGCUAUGUUUAACGGCUGCACCGCGCUGCAUCUGGCCGUGGGCCGACAGGACGCCACCAUCGCUAACCUCCUGUGUCAGGCCGGAGCCGACAAGAUGAUCAGAAACAUGGAGGACGAGACGGCUCUGGAUCUGGCCGACGGCAACGAUGAUAUUUUGGCCUUGUUCCCCUUCGAUGACAUUCAGAUCAUGGGCAGGACUCUCAUGAGCUUCUCCUGAACACAUCAGCGCCACGUUCUUCGUUCGUUCGUAAAAACUGAUCUGAAGUUGCAGGACUUUGGUCAUAGUGAUGCACCGCUUUUGGAAACGUCUGCCCGUAACCUCAACUAUUUAUGUCCAGUGCAGAUUUGUGCAGCAGUGACAGCUUCAUGCAGAAUUAUGUGCUGCUACGUGGACGUGCGGACCUAUCUUGUAUUGUUUGUAGUUUGUAUUGAACAACCUUCAUGUAAAACAACACAAAUGCAUGCUGAUCUAUGAUUCACAAUAUUGAUGUUUUGUAGCAAUACAGUGCUGCUGUAAACAACAUGAGCAAAUAAAACACUGCUUUGCAAACCUGUUUCAUAGUGCCAAUAAAAGUAGUUUUAAUAUUUA